AUGGGUGUCUGUAUCUCUCGAGGUAACGACGAGCUUUAUCAGCCUCGCGAGUACAAGGAAGACAGUGAAAUUCCCUUUGCCCCUGAUGGCAAUGCACCACUUAUCUGUGGUUGCGUCGAAAAAGUCAAAGGAACUUCUGGUCGUUUCAGGGGACUGAAGUGCGUACGAAAAACUAUCAUAACGCCUUCUGGGGUAGAUUCAUCAUCACAAGACGUUAAAAAGCGCAAACUUAUACAAGAAGCAAAAAUACUCCACUACGCUCGUCACCACCAUGUCAUCCGACUCAUCCACACUUACUUCGAGAAAGGAAAUGAGGAAGAAAUAAAAUUUGCGGUCAUUAUGGAUCGUGCAGAUGGGAAUCUACACGAAUAUCUCAAGCCUGGGAAGACCCCCAGUAAACGGUGGUUCGGAUGUUUGAUCGGGGUAAUACAUCACAUCCAUACUUUGGGUAUUCGACACCGUGACAUCAAACCCAGCAAUAUUUUGAUAAAAGACCAACAAGUGCUCUUGGCAGACUUUGGUAUAUCACAAAUGGGCCUUGGGAAGACAAUGCCAACCACAAACUUGCAACGUAAUUCCCAGAGGACACGGGAAUACUGCGCUCCUGAAGUGGAUGAGGGUAGGACACGUGGCCGGUCGGCAGAUAUUUUUUCCUUGGGUGCUGUCUUCCUCGAGAUGCUUGUUGCUCAUACCUAUCCUGAUGGGUACACAGAGCUUAGUGAGGUCUUGAAGACGUCAUCUUCACAAACUUCAUCUUAUGCCAAAAAUAUUCUCGAGAUUCAUGAAUGGAUACAUGAAAAUCUUCAUCCGGUCGACUGGCAAGCCACCAUUCUUUCUUCCUGUCAGAGAAUGUUACACCCCGAUCGGUCUCAACGCCCCGUAGCUGAAGAGCUAGAUUCGAUUUGGUCGUCGUUCUCAGUAUCUGGUGAAUGCAUGGCUUGCAAUUGUGAAAGUGUCGCAGCCAUGACUGAAGACAAUAAGUUAGUUGAGGCAUGCACAAGGGGCUCAAAGGACGACGUGGAACGCCUGUUAAAAGCCGGGGCGGACCCCAACACUAUCAGCGCAAUUCACCAUGCUGCCGCACGUGGAUCUACCGCUAUUGUGCAGGCACUGUUAGAUGACGGUACCAAUGUUGACGUUCCGAACCCUGUCGGACAAACAGCACUUCAUUGUGCAGCUCGGAAUGGACAUGAGGAUGUGAUCAAACUAUUACUGAAAAACGGCGCCAAUGUAAACGCAAAAGACGAAAACGAACAAACAGCACUUCAUGGCGCAGCAGGUCAAGGAUGCGAAAGCAUUAUCAGAGUGCUACUAGAGGGAAAUGCCGAUGUCGACACAGAAGACCUCGAUGGAGAUACUGCGUUCCACUUUGCAGCUAGGCGGGAUCACUCUAAUGUAUUAGACCUAUUGGAAAGACAUAUAAAAGAAUUAGUUUAG